GGGAGUUUGACACGGUAUAUGUAUUAUAAGUUAUGGCUUGUGCUACAAAUACUGUUAGUGUUAAGUUAAAAGAAUACAGAGAAAUUUUAGGUGUUAAAGAGGGAGCAAGCCGAGCCAUUCUUGUAGCAUUGUCAGCUAACACAUCUGACAUGUGGAACUUCUUAUGUCAAUGCCAAUACAAUCUUGGAUGCAUUUGCACAAGCAACUACGAAGUUAAGAGACUCAACACCAAUAGAAGGGCUGAGGAAGCCCCUGACACGUACCCGAACUCUGAUGAACUCAAGGUAGCUUAUAAGAAGAAGGCCCUACAGUGCCACCCAGACAAGAAUCAAGAUGAUCAUUCAGCAACUGAGAAAUUCCAAAAGCUCAAUGAAGCCUUCAGAACUCUUGUAAAAGAAGAUGAUUCGGACAGUAUAUGUUUUGACGAUGAUGAUGAUGACCUAUUCUGAUUUUGAGAAAGCUUACGUAAGGACAUUAAUUGAUUUCACGUAGUGCGUAU